AAUAUGGACGUCAAAAGCUGCGCAAAUUGCCCGGAGAACAUGCAAGUCGGACGAAAUUUGCUUGAAGCUGACUCCGAACAAUCGGCAAAAUUCAAAAGCCGUAUUGUUUGUGUCGUCCCCGGAUGUAAGCAGAGAUAUCGCCCCGGAAUUUCUGUUUAUGUCUUCCCUCCGAAAACGGACAAAUCGCGGUAUCUAGACUGGAUCCAACGACUACGGCUAAAGAUAGAACCUACAAAAACCUCCCGUAUUUGUAGCCUCCAUUUCACCGUGUCGAACUUCUACUCUCCAACAACAAGCCGUGCCACUGAUCGCUUAAUUCUUAGGCCAUCAGCAGUUCCCGACAUGAAUUUGCCACAACCUCCCAUCAGCGAAGCCAGGAAAAGACUUAUUGAAGACCGUGCUGAACGUGUUGCAAACCGUGCCAAAGUUGGGGCAGUGAUGGACCAGAGACAUGAUACACCAAACCUUUCAGAUCUUGCCAUCAGAGGCGAAUUAAUUACUUAUUAUUCAAAACACGUUAUUGCGCAUUUUGCACCAAGUUGGACUGUUUCGGCCUUUUCCAUAAGUGCGUAAAUACGAAUAAA